AUGGCAGAAUACCACCACCUAAUUUUAACCAUAACACUCCUCUUCGCCUUCCUAAUUUCACCCGUUUUCAACACAACAUACCCUAACGUACGAAAAGGGUUGGAUUUGAGCAGCAGCCAACUUUCACCAGGGAUUACUCCUAGUACUGGUGAUCCGGGCAUUGGUGGUGUUCCACCUAUACCGCGGAAGAAGAAACCAAAUGUAGUUCCGUCCCUCACUCCUGCUGCGAUUUUUGGUGGUUUAGCGCUUUUAACCGUCCCUUUAGGCCUCUACUUAUGCAAAUGGAAGAAAGCUAACUCAAGUGAACCACCGAGCUCACUCGUUAUUCAACCCCUGGACCCGGCUGACUCGGAUAACACAGUCAGGAUUUCAAUCGCCAAUGACACACAGAUGCAUGCUGGUUCGGGUGAGUCCCCUGUAAUCAUGUCUGGAAACAUAAUCAUUUCGGUUCAAGUUUUAAAAAAUGCGACCAAAAACUUCGCAAAAGAAAGCAAGCUCGGGCAUGGCGGGUUCGGGGUCGUUUACAAGGGCCAGUUAGACGAUGGCACAAAAAUAGCCGUCAAAAGAAUGGAAUCUGGUGCGAUUAGCAACAAAGCAUUAGAUGAAUUUGAAUCGGAAAUUUCAGUCUUGACAAAGGUUAGACACCGACAUUUGGUGUCACUUUUAGGAUAUUCAACUGAAGGGCUUGAAAGAAUUCUUGUUUAUGAAUAUAUGCCUCAAGGUGCAUUAAGUAGGCAUCUAUUUCAUUGGAAGAACUUGAAGUUGGAACCACUUUCUUGGAAAAUGAGGUUAAAUAUUGCAUUGGAUGUCGCUAGAGGCAUGGAAUAUCUUCAUACUUUGGCUCAUCAGAGCUUUAUACACCGAGAUCUUAAAUCAUUACCACCACCUAAAUCGUCCAAUAUUUUACUUGGCGAUGAUUUUCGAGCCAAAGUUUCGGACUUUGGACUGGUGAAACUCGUCCCGGAUGGUGGGAAGUCAAUUAUGACUCGGGUAGCUGGGACUUUUGGAUACAUUGCCCCUGAAUAUGCUGUGACAGGUAAAUUGACAACAAAGGUCGAUGUCUUCAGCUACGGUGUCAUUCUUAUGGAGCUACUAACCGGCUUAAUGGUGUUAGACAAUGACAGACCUGAAGAAAAACGAUACCUGGUAGAAUGGUUUUCGAGCAUUAGAGCCGACAAAGAGAAAGUAAUGGCUGCUGUGGAUUUCUCUCUUAACGCGAACGAAGAAAUAUUCGAAACCAUCUCCGUCGUAGCUGAGUUGGCAGGCCAUUGUACAGCCCGAGAGCCAAGUCAGCGGCCCGAUAUGGGGCACGCAGUCAACGUGCUGGCUCCACUUGUGGAGAAAUGGAAACCCAUGGAGAGUGAAGCUGAAGUAUCUUGUGGUGGUGUUGAUCAUAGUCUGCCGUUGACUCAAAUGGUCAAAAGGUGGCAAGAAGCAGAAGCAGAAGGGAAAGAUUACGUUAGCUAUAUGGAUCUUGAUGAUGGUAAGAGUAUCAUUCCUGCUGGAUCUGCUAAUUCCUUUACAUCUGUUGAUGAUGGUCGAUAA